AUAAUGAGGAUGGUCCCUCUCUCUCAUGGAAGUUGCUUUUAGUGCAGUGUUCCAAGAUUAAGACUUGGUUGGAAUCCUAUAUUUGUGCUAAUAAAAUCAAUAUCCUUUCAAUAAUUAAAUAUCAACAGCCACUGUAUUAGUAUUGUUAUCAUGGGGCAGCCCUCCCUUUCUCAAACUGAUACCAAUAGAGGAGGAGCUAUGGCUGCUGCUCUUGUUCUGCUGCUGCCCUUUCUUUUUCCGAGCAUAUUCACCCCUUUGAGCCACGCCUUUCCCUCUCUUCUCUCGGAGUGGAAUGCUCCUAAACCUAGACACUCUCGCUUGCUUAAGAGUGCUUUGCAGUGCCAAUGUUCCGAUAGACAACUGGCCGACCUAUGGAUGCCGCUGCCUCAACAACCACUGAAACGUUGUGUCCGGUCAGACAGUACCUCCACAGCAUUGCCAGAGAAAUCUCAGGGAUAUAUUCAGGUGUUUCUAGAUGGAGGACUAAAUCAACAAAGAAUGGGAAUUUGUGAUGCAGUUGCUGUUGCCAAAAUUUUGAAUGCAACUCUAAUAAUUCCAUAUCUUGAAGUAAAUCCUGUCUGGCAAGAUUCGAGUACAUUCAUGGACAUAUAUGAUGUGGAUCACUUCAUUAGCGUGCUGAAAGAUGACAUAUCUAUUGUUAGAGAGUUACCUGAUGAAUAUUUUUGGAGCACACGGGAGUAUUAUGCUACAGCCAUUCGAGCUACCAGAAUUAAAACAGCACCUGUUCAUGCUUCAGCAAACUGGUAUCUGGACAAUGUUUCACCCAUCUUGCUGAGUUAUGGAAUCGCUGCAAUUGCACCAUUUUCUCACCGUCUGGCUUUCGACAAUAUGCCUGAGGAGAUCCAACGCCUACGAUGCAAAGUCAACUUUCAGGCUUUGGUUUUUGUUCCUCAUAUCAUAUCUCUUGGGGAUUCUCUUGUGAGUCGUCUCAGAAACUCUCGUAGUUCAAGUGAUGAAGACGGCACCAACCACCUACAGAAAGUUACCGAUGCUAAGGGAUGGCAAGGGACUGGAAAGCUUGUCGUUCUCCAUCUUCGUUUUGACAAGGACAUGGCUGCCCACUCGGCAUGCGACUUUGGUGGAGGCAAGGCUGAGAAGUUGGCUCUGGCCAAGUACCGGCAGGUUAUUUGGCAGGGAAGGGUGUUAAAUUCUCAAUUCACCGAUGAGGAGUUAAGGAGUCGAGGGCGGUGCCCAUUGACUCCGGAAGAGAUUGGAUUACUGCUGGCAGCUUUGGGAUUCGACAACAGUACUCGCUUGUAUCUGGCUUCCCAUAAGGUAUACGGCGGGGAAGCUAGGAUCUCAACGUUGCGGAGUUUGUUUCCUCUUAUGGAAGACAAAAAGAGUCUGGCAUCUUCAGAAGAAAGAGCUCAAAUAAAAGGAAAGGCUUCAUUAUUAGCAGCAGUUGAUUACUAUGUCAGCAUGCAUAGUGAUGUCUUCAUUUCUGCUUCACCUGGAAAUAUGCAUAAUGCUAUUGUAGGGCAUCGAACAUACGAAAACAAGAAGACAAUAAGGCCUAACAUGGCGCUGUUAGGCCAGCUUUUCUUGAACAAGAGCCUGACUUGGCCGGAGUUUGAAGAAGCUGUCAUUGGAGGGCACAAGAACAGGCAAGGACAAUUGAGACUACGCAAACCUACACAGUCCAUAUACACCUACCCUGCACCCGAUUGCAUGUGCAAUGCUUGAGGUCCUGCUGUAUCAAUCACUAUUCCGAUCUUGCACACUUUGUGCCUGCAGCUAUGUAUAUUAUGAAUAAACGACGACCCCUUGCGCGUUUACCCAGAGGCGUGCCAUGACUUGUGUAAUCACUCGGAGAUAGAUUCAUUUUGGGGUCGAAAAUUAGCGGGAAACUAUGAGGCUGUAAAUUAUUUAUUUGAGUGUGUAUCACAGAUUCUUAUGUAGCAGCAAUUAGAAAGAUGCUGGUGUGGUGUAAUAUAUAGUACAGCAGUAGAUUUUAGCAUUUCCUCAUUAUUUUAUGACAUUUUGUAA